AGGAGUUCUACGCGAAAGAACCCUGAACACCUCGGUGUAGGAAAUUGAAAAGGAAUGAAAUGCUAAAAUACUGUGGAGGAAAUCCCGGAACGCGGUCUACACGGUUUGAGUGGAGCCUUAUGCGUGUUGCCACCGAGCUGCGCAUGAAUGAACAAGGAGCCCGUUUUGCGGAGGAAAAUGGCCUAAUACCGAGCGAGCAAAUGUGCCCUGUACCCAAGGUCCCUAAGACUAUACGCAAAGGGGGCAAAUUUGGGUAUUUUGUGUGCUACAGGGGCACGUGCACAAAAAAGCCACGUGUUUCUGUAACCAUCGGGACAUGGUUUGAAAAUGUCCGCAUCAGUGUCCCUCAGGUAUACUUUUUGAUGUACUGCUUUGCAUAUCGUAUGUCCCGCGAACAAAUAUUGUGCGAGGACUAUAGAAAUGAAGGGAAAACUUUGUCAUCCGCAACAAUAACAGACUGGUAUAGUUAUUGCCGAGAGGMCGUGGUAAUAUACCAGUUGGACCACCAAUAUGAACAAGRAAAAAUUGGUGGUCCGGGAAAAAUUGUUCAGAUCGACGAGAGCAAAUUUGGGCGGCGGAAGCAGGCGCGUAGAGGGACACUGGGUUCUUGGGAUGAUUGA